AAAGGAUUUUGCCAAAAUACUUUGAACUCCCCCUCCAUUGUGACAUAGGAGGGAGUUCCCAAUUCAGUAAUAUAAGGCAGGACUGGCACUUUUCCAGCAAUAUUCCAAACACAGUUCUUUGUGAGUGAAUAUAAAUAAUUACCCCGGUUUUUCUUCCGAAACCUUCAAUUCUGGCUAACCAGCGGUGCAAACUAAUCGCGAAAUAUCACAGAACAAAUUGUUUUGUGUCCAAUACCGACAAGUUCUACUUGAAAUUCAUUUUCGGGUACUAUUCUAUGUACCACAAGAGUUACACUUAAAGAGUGAAGUUUUCCAAAGUCAAAAUGCCUGAAUUCAUCGAGAAAAAAUCUAACGGAUUUUCCACCGAAGUUGGACGCUUUGCCAAACAAGCAAGUCAUCCCAAUGUUGGACUUUUCAACCACGUGAAAGGCAUCAGCGUGGUGAGCGGAGAUUUUAAGAAUUUGUCGCCGAAAGUGCGAGCCUACGUUGAAGAAAACAUUGACUUGUGUCAGCCCGAGAAGAUACACAUUUGCGAUGGGACGGAAAAUGAAAACAACCAUCUACUCAACCUGAUGCAACAGCAAGGCACUAUUGUGCCUUUGCCCAAAUACCAGAACUGCUGGUUGGCUCGAACCAAUCCCGCCGAUACUGCCCGUGUCGAAUCCAAAACAUUCAUCUGUACGGAAAAACGGGCCGAGACAAUCCCCACAACCAAAGAAGGGAUUAAAGGAACUUUGGGCAAUUGGAUGAGCCCAAGGGACAUGGAUGCGGCUGUUAAGGAGCGUUUCACGGGUUGCAUGAAGGGCAGGACCAUGUAUGUGGUGCCCUUCUCGAUGGGCCCCGUGAGCUCGCCCUUGUCCAAAAUCGGGAUUCAAUUAACCGAUUCUGCAUACGUCGUGGUAUCCAUGAGGGUGAUGACCCGGAUGGGUCAAGCCGUUUUGGACAAACUCGCCGAUGGUAGUGACUUCGUCCGUUGCCUCCAUUCGGUGGGAACCCCAGCUAAUGGUUUCAUCGAAAUGAAGAGUUGGCCUUGUGACCCAGAACGUACCAUCAUCCUCCACAAACCACAAAACAAUGAAAUCGUCUCCUACGGCAGCGGCUACGGCGGGAACUCCCUCCUGGGCAAAAAAUGUUUUGCCCUUAGAAUCGGCUCAACCAUCGCCAAACGCGAAGGAUGGCUAGCCGAACACAUGCUGAUUCUGGGCAUUACCAAUCCCGAGGGCAAAAAGCGUUACAUCGCAGCUGCUUUCCCUUCCGCCUGUGGCAAGACCAACCUCGCCAUGAUGACCCCCACCCUCCCAGGAUACAAAAUCGAGUGCGUUGGCGACGACAUCGCCUGGAUGCGCUUCGACAAAGACGGCCAACUCCGGGCAAUCAACCCCGAAAACGGCUUCUUCGGAGUCGCCCCCGGAACCUCCAACUCCAGCAACCCCAUCGCCAUGAAAACAAUUUUCCAAAACACAAUCUUCACCAACGUUGCUUCCACCAGCGACGGGGGCGUCUUCUGGGAGGGAAUGGAGGACGAAAUCGACCCCAAUGUUAGAAUCACCGACUGGCGCGGCAAACCCUGGACCAAAGGCGAAAGCAAGACCCCCGCAGCUCACCCCAAUUCCCGCUUCUGCACUCCCGCCAAGCAGUGCCCCAUCAUCGACCCCAACUGGGAGGCCCCCGAAGGAGUCCCAAUCUCAGCGAUCUUAUUCGGAGGGCGACGCCCCGCGGGAGUGCCCCUCGUGUACCAGGCCCGGGACUGGAAACACGGCGUCCUGAUCGGCGCUGCCAUGAGGAGCGAAGCCACCGCGGCCGCGGAGCACAAAGGCAAGGUCAUAAUGCACGACCCCUUCGCCAUGAGGCCUUUCUUCGGGUACAACUUCGGACACUACUUGGAACACUGGUUGAGCAUGGAGCAACGCUCGGCUAACCUCCCGAAAAUCUUCCACGUGAACUGGUUUAGGAAAGGGAGUGACGGGAAAUUCCUAUGGCCCGGAUUCGGAGAGAACUCCAGGGUCUUGGAUUGGAUUUUGAGGAGGUUGGAUAAUGAAGACUGCGCGAAGGAAACCCCGAUCGGGUAUUUGCCCAAACCCAGUGCAAUUAAUAUGCAAGGGUUGAAAGACAAGGUUAAUGAAGAGGAGUUGUUCAGUCUCCCCAAGGACUUCUGGAUGGAAGAAGUAUACGCCAUUGAGAAGUAUUUCAACGAACAGGUCGGCUCGGAUCUACCGGAAACUAUCGAACAAGAACUUAAACAACUAAAAAAGAGAGUCAAUGACAUGUAGAUUUAUUCACAAAUCUCACUUCAAACAUUUAUUGCAAUUGAUAAAUGUAACUACUUUUUAGGCUUAGUUUUGUAUCAAAGUAUUUUAUAAGAGAUUAAUUUUUUAUACAAGUUUUAUCAAAGGUAUUCUAAAUAAAUACUUUCAAUUUACAA